GCCCAUGUUUGCGCAAACUGGCAAGCAAGGGAUGUCUCCAUAUCUCCACGACUCCCAGGAUAAACCCUCCUUGACCACCUCCAAAUUUGCGGGUCAUACCUCGACGCUUAUUCAAGAACUACUGUUUACAAACCUCACUAUCAGCCCUCAAGCCGCGCUUAACCCGUCGAGAUAGCCGCUUUUCCCGGCCUCGAACCGUCUUUGUCGCAACCACCACAUCACAUCGCAACAGUCGCAACAGUCGUACCUCCCGUUCACGACUCGUUCAUUGCUCUAAAUCAUCCCAGAGGCAGCUCCGACGCCGAAUGGCCUGAAUGGCGCCGAACAACGAGCAAGACCAGCACCCACCACAACCAGCGCACCGGGAGCCACCGCCAGAUCCCCUUCGCAAUGGCAACCCCGACAACAACCACCCAGCCGACGGCGAAGGGACCUCGAUACCCCCAAGCCCGCCACAAGUAAACGGCGACGAACCCGCCCCCUCCCGCGCCGCGCUCUUCCCCUCUGACAGCGCCUCCGAGACCUCGAUCCCCUCAACCACCGCCGAAGCCGAAGACGAAGAAGGCGACCUGAUCUCGCCCAGCGCAUCCAUCCCGCCCUACUGGUCCAGCGCGCGCGCCGCCGAGCAACUCCUUCUCCUCCAGCAACAACAACACAACAACAACCAUAACAACCCGCUGCGACCGCACGGCCACGCCCCGGGCCACGCGCGCGGCGCGUCCUCGGCGUCGGUCGAGUCGGUGCUGCCGCCGGGGGCGAUCACGCUGCAGGACAACGAGGAGGAGGAUGACGGGGAGGAUGAGGAGGGCGGGAGUAAUAGGGGGAACGGGAACGGGAAUGGGAAUGGCGGGGAGCACGCCGGGCGGCGCAGCAACAGCAGCGAGGUGUACGGGCGCGACCGCAACCGGGCGUGCUGGGCGCGCAGCGUGCAGGUGACGGAUCCCGUGGUGGUGAACGGGAGCGCGACGAAUAUCGGGGCGUUUGUGGUGUGGAAUAUCAAGGUGGAGGCGUUGAAUGGCUCCCGCAUAAACAUCCGCAAGCGCUACUCCGAGUUCGACGACCUCCGCCGGCGGCUGGUCCAGACCUUCCCCGGCUUCGAGGCGGCCGUGCCGGCGCUGCCGCCCAAGAGCGUGCUGAAGCGCUUCCACCCGCGCUUCCUCGAGAAGAGGCGGGCCGGGCUGCAGUAUUUCCUAAACUGUAUCCUGCUCAACCCGGAGUUCUCGGGGUCCCCUGUGUUGAAGGAGUUUCUCUUCUCGUGAGCGUGGCGUGUACCAAUCUUAGUAACGACGACACGACUUUCAAAGUAAUGAUAAUCUUGGAUAACAGCCACAUCUGUGUCUCGAUAUGAGAGUGCUUUUUUUUUUUAAAAAAAAAAGAGUGCUUGGUUUAUGUGAAAUCUCUAUGUAUUACCGCCGCAGACCAUUACAAAUCCAGGGCUU